CUUCCUUGAUCAUUGCAUCAAAGCUUUUCCUCAUUAGCUCUCUUUAGCCUUCUCACAUCUCCACUCACAUCCCAAGCUCAGUUCUCUCCAUUGCCUUUUCCUCAGUCUUCUUUUCCUGAAUUCCAGCCUCUUUUUCCCUUCUCUAAUCCUCAUUCUUCUCCUUACACUAUCCUUUCCAUCGGUUUCGGGCUCUUCCUUCGCAAAAUUUCGAUACUUCGUGCAUUCCACUCUCGUUGUACUUGUUACAAAGUGUUGAGAUGGACAGGGUGAUGAGGUCGGCGUCAGAAAAGGCGGUGGUGAUCUUCAGUCUGAGCACAUGCUGCAUGUGCCACACUAUCAAGAGGCUCUUUUGUGACCUUGGUGUUAAUGCUGCUGUCCAUGAGCUCGAUGAGGACCCCAGAGGAAGAGAAAUGGAGAGGGCACUAGCCAAGCUUAUGGGACGCUCCCCGCCGGUGCCGGUUGUUUUCAUUGGUGGCAAGCUUAUUGGAUCCACGGACAGGGUGAUGUCCCUUCACCUUGCCGGCAAACUUGUCCCUCUGCUGCGAGAUGCAGGUGCCCUCUGGCUCUAGCUGAAAAAAGAAAGCUCUGAAACAAUGAAGCAAUAGAAAUAAUUCUAAUGCUGGCCACUAGAAUUAGUGUACAUUAGUCUAAGGUUGCUUCUGCUUUUGCUUUUGUUGUGAGCAAUUAAUGUACAAAAGUAAACUAUAGUGGUAAAACUUUUGGCAGUUCUAAGAUCCGUCUCAGUUUUUGGACUACUGUGUUUAUCCAGUGAAAUAUAUAAAGAAAAGUAAUA